GGGGAUCGGUGACGUAAGAUGAGAAUUUACCCCCUCAUCUCCUACGGGCUGGGGUCUUAGUGCAGAAGUAGCAGGGCAGGAGAGCUGAGACCAAGAUGAAGAAGUUUGUGGCAUUUUCCCUCUGUCUGGUCCUCUUGAUCAUCUACACAGCAGAUGCAAACCCAAUCAUCAAGGAGAGCUAUGCUAAGCAACUUCUGCGGACCAAGAGGCAGAAGCCCGGCCACCCCGAUGAGCCAAUGAGGGAGCACUUGCUCCACAUGCAGGUUCUGGAUCAGAGGGCCCAGGAGACCAACCUGGAACACUGGCUGAACCCCCACUGCUACCCCCGCUGUGACAGGAACUACGGACACCCUGUCUAAUCCCCAGUGACCUCGCCUUGACUCCUCACAGCCCAGGUUCCUGUCUGUCCAACACAACCAUAAAACAUGCCUGCUUGGGUCCCCUGGGGCUUUUUGAGUAGGGAACAGGGUAGCAAAAUGCUGUGUAACAAAAAAGGUACCAGAAAGUACAUAAUUUCACUACAUUUCGGACACAUUUGAACACAAUAUACAGUACCUAUAAUUAGCCUAUUGGCUGAUCAGUUUUGUAUUUCCCUCCUGAUUGGUUAUAGUUAGAAUUGGGGUAAACUGAUUCUAGGUCUUUUUUUUUGUUGUCUUCUGGCGAACAACUUUUUCUGUGUGGCAGAAGGCGUUGAAGGCAAGAAGGAUGUUGAAAACUGUGAUGACGACAAUGAUGAUGAUGACCAUGAUAAUUAUAUGAGGGUGAAGCUCAGAGUGUAACUCUGUCACAUGCAUUUCAUGAUGAAGCCUCAGCAGGGAACACGAGUGGCCAUCAGUAGAUACUGGCCACAAGAGCAUGAUCAGCUCAUUCCAGCAACAUUAGCAUACAGGAAACAUAUAAAAUUAUAUUAACAUCAUAGAGCAUACAUGAUCCGUUUAUAUGUGGAUACAGUUAUGAGAAAAUAUACAUUGUAUUAUGUAAAACAAUGUUUAAAAAAAACAAUAAUGUAAUAAACAAUCUAAUCAAAUAAAUAAAAAA